AUGCGACAUCCCAAACCCGAUAUCCCCUAUGCUUGGUUCUGGCAGGGCAGGCCUCUACGCAGAGGAUAUUCCAGGGGCGAACAUAUCACAGCUGUCCCAUUAACUCAGCAAUUUACCCCAGAACCUUCCCAUGCAUCUCGGGAUCCUUCUCCGACUAACAAACCCGCUCCUCCCCAAUGCACUUGCGAGUUGCACGAACAAACAAGACCUCCAAUGCCCAAUAGUGGAAAUGUCGAUAACACAAACCGAGCUCAUGGCUUUGGACCAUACUGUCACACAGAGCAUGAGCCAGAGCCUGCCCAGUCGGUGAAGAAGUGUACCUGCUCCGAAUGUAUGAGGUCCUCUGCUCCUUCCGCUACCUCUGUCCAUCCUGGAUAUGAAAAUCCAACCCCCUGCUCCUCUAGAACGAUGACACCCGUCAUGCCAUUCCAUCAUGCUUGUGCCGCUUCGAGCUCCCGCACUGUCUAUUGCUUGAAUUGUCUCCAAUACCAUCAUGAGUGCCAGUACCUGGCUGCAGUUCCUAUUUCCGAGGCACAGCCCCAGCGUGCUGAAACGUCAGCUCCAUCUGCGGCACCCAUACAAGCUCAAGCUCCAAAUCCCGCUCCGGUACCCCGCGCCAGCGAUCCUCAGGUAAAGUGCGGAUGUGCUCACUGUGUCGGUAUGACUGAAGCUGUACCUGAGGUGGAGUCUCGUCACCAUGGUUGCUGCCACCCCAAAGGAUGUCGCAUUGACAACUAUGUCACACCUGCAGUGACUGAUGACACCGCUUCGGUGUUUUCGGCGGAGAUGGUUGGGGAUAGUGAGAGUGUGGAUGAAUUUCGAUAUGGACAUCUUAUUAUUGCAUCUCCUAUGCAUUGCUACCCUGAGUGA